AGAAGAAGAAGAAGAAAGUGAAGAAGAAAGUGAAGAAGAGAGCGAAGAAGAGAGUAGAAAGAGAUCUUAUGACAGUGAAGAAGAAGAAGAAGAACAUAUAAACAAGAAGAGAGUCAUUGAUGUAGAAGAACCAUUAACAUUAGAAGACCAAGAAGCUCUUGCACUGAAGCUCUUGGGCAACUAAACAAUCAUUAAUUAUUAUUUUUUUUGUCUAAUAAAUUCAACACAUGCAUUACACCCACUUGUGGCUUAUUUAAUCAUUGUUUUUCUUUUUCUUCUCAAUGUCAAAUGAAGACCAUGUUCCACUUUCUCAACAUGCAUUAAACCUAGAAUUAAGAACACAUCCUAUACGUGGACGUGGCGUGUUCACCAAAGACUUUAUAAAACGCAACACACUUGUGGAGAUCUCGCCUGUUCUGUUCUUUGAUGCUCAAGAGUAUGACACACACGGUAAAUAUACUAUACUGGACCACUAUACCUAUGUAUGGCAAGGAGGAUAUGCGCUGGCGCUUGGACUUGGAUCUAUGUUUAACCAUGAUAAUAAGCCUAAUAUUGGGUUUAUUCGAGACAUCCCAAACAAGUUGAUUCGAUACGUUACCUUGCGAGAUAUCGAACCAGAGGAAGAGUUGUGUAUAUCUUAUGGCAAUCAUCUUUGGUUUGAGACUGAAGAGAAUAAAAAGGAACAAGUGUCUGAAGAUGAGCAUGAGCCAUUGCCUUUUUGUGACGAUGAAGAAAGUUUAUAAAUAAAAAGGGAUAACAGUUAUAAGGCUCUCAUUCAAAUAUCUUUAUUUUGCUUCUGUAUGUGUGCGAUAAAGAUGGGCG